UGAUUACUGAUUAGGAUUACUGUUGAAAUAUUUGAGUAAUGAAAUCAACAAAUUAGAAGAUUCAUGCAGAUUUAAUUGGAAACAAAUACAGAAAAUGGUUGUUUUCGCUCCAGAUGAAAUAGGACUUGUCGACAAGUCACCCUGUGCUGGCAUCAGAGCUGAUCUCAAGAUGUGUUUGUUAAAUACGGAUUGCUGCAAAAAGGACAAGAAAUCACCUCGAGAAUGUUUAAAGUCGGGGGAAGUUGGAGACGAAUGCAUGCAACUGCGCCAGGCUUUCUUUGAGUGCAAACGAUCCUUAUUGGAUAAUAGAAGAAGAUUUCGGGGGCACAGAGGAUACUGAAGCUGUGUAUGAUCAUUCAUUACUAAAGUUUAGUUUAUUAUUUCACUAUUAAAACAACAAAUGUGUAGUAUUAAAUAUUAAUUCUUGUUUUCCAAUAAAGUUACCAAAAAGUAUGAA